GCAUGCGCAGACGGGGCGGGCGCGGCGCUCCGUAGCGGCGGGCGGGUGAGGAGGAGGAGGGGGAGGAAGGGGGGGCCGGCGGCGGCAGCAGCAGCGCCUGCGCGCCCAGGGGCCGCCGCCGCCUCCGCAGCCUGGGAGAGAGACCGGAUCCGCCGCCGCAUCCUCUUCCUCCCCCACCUCUUCCCCGCGGCCGCCCGCCGUCGGGACGGCCAGGCACGAGAGGAAGCGGCCGCCGGAGUCAGUCAAGUGCAGCCGCUGAUCACGAGAUGCUACCACAAAAUCUACCUCAGACUUCACUUUUGUUCGUUCAGUUGCUGCGUCAUAGAUCUCAACGGGAGCUCUGCAGACACUCUUGAAAGUCUCUGAACAGAUUGGGACACCAAGUCACAGCAUGAUGACCUAAUAGGAGGUCAAAGUCUGAAACAUUGAUUCAGCAGUUCAAGAUAACACUGCCCUUUUUAUCAGUAUCACUUCUGAAGGCUACAGACCUCCUGCCAUUUCUUUCCUGGCUACUUCAGAAACACUCAGCUGACCUUUCUUUGGUGAAGAGAUCUUGACUUUUCUCUCUGGUCCUGGAACUAUUAAUGGAAUACAGUCAUGUCUACCCAGGACGAGAGGCAGAUAAAUACAGAGUAUGCUGUAUCCUUGCUGGAGCAGUUAAAAUUCUUUUACGAACAGCAGUUGCUAACUGACAUAGUGUUGAUUGUUGAGGGCACUGAAUUUCCCUGCCAUAAGAUGGUUCUUGCAACGUGCAGCUCAUAUUUCAGAGCAAUGUUCAUGAGCGGGCUGAGCGAGAGCAAACAGACACACGUACACCUGCGGAAUGUGGACGCAGCCACUCUGCAGAUCAUCAUCACUUACGCAUACACGGGUAACCUGGCAAUAAGCGACAGCACCGUAGAGCAGCUCUAUGAAACUGCCUGCUUCUUACAGGUAGAUGAUGUGUUACAACGAUGUAGAGAAUACUUAAUCAAAAAAAUUAAUGCAGAAAAUUGUGUGCGUCUAUUAAGUUUUGCUGAUCUCUUCAGCUGUGAAGAGUUAAAACAGAGUGCUAAAAGAAUGGUGGAGCACAAGUUCACAGCUGUGUACCACCAGGAGGCUUUCAUGCAACUGUCACAUGAUCUACUGAUAGAUAUUUUAAGCAGUGACAAUUUAAAUGUGGAAAAGGAGGAGACAGUGCGUGAGGCUGCUAUGUUAUGGCUGGAGUACAACACGGAAUCACGCUCGCAGUAUUUGUCCUCUGUUCUUAGCCAAAUCCGGAUCGAUGCACUUUCAGAAGUAACACAGAGAGCCUGGUUUCAAGGCUUGCCACCUAAUGAUAAAUCAGUGGUGGUGCAAGGACUGUACAAAUCAAUGCCCAAAUUUUUCAAGCCCAGACUUGGUAUGACAAAAGAGGAGAUGAUGAUAUUCAUUGAAGCUGCUGCUGAAAACCCUGGUAGUCUUUACUCUUCUGUCUGUUACAGCCCACAGGCAGAGAAAGUUUACAAACUCUGCAACCCUCCCGCUGACUUGCAUAAGGUUGGGACGCUGGUAACUCCCGAUAAUGACAUCUAUAUAGCAGGUGGGCAGGUUCCUCUGAAGAACACAAAAACCAAUCACAGUAAAAGCAGCAAACUCCAGGCUGCCUUCAGAACUGUGAAUUGCUUUUACUGGUUUGAUGCGCAGCAGAACACUUGGUUCCCCAAGACGCCGAUGCUCUUUGUACGCAUCAAGCCGUCCCUGGUGUGCUGUGAAGGAUACAUCUAUGCGAUCGGGGGGGACAGCGUCGGCGGGGAGCUCAACAGGAGGACUGUGGAGAGGUAUGACACCGAGAAGGACGAGUGGACCAUGGUCAGCCCCCUGCCCUGCGCGUGGCAGUGGAGCACGGCCGUGGCGGUUCACAACUGCAUCUACGUCAUGGCACACAACUUGAUGUACUGCUACUUCCCCCGCUCGGAUGCCUGGGUGGAGAUGGCGAUGCGACAAACGAGCAGAUGUUUCGCCUCAGCUGCCGCUUUCGGUGAUAAGAUAUUCUAUAUCGGAGGACUGCACAUUGCCAGCAAUUCUGGGAUAAGGCUCCCCAGCAGUACUGUGGAUGGGUCUUCCGUAACAGUGGAGAUCUACGACGUGAAUAAAAACGAAUGGAGGAUGGCAGCCAACAUCCCUGCCAAGCGCUAUUCCGACCCGUGCGUCAGGGCCGUUGUCAUCUCCAAUUCCUUAUGUGUCUUUAUACGGGAGACCCACAUGAACGAGAGAGCCAAGUAUGCCACCUAUCAGUAUGACCUGGAACUCGACCGCUGGUUCCUGAAGCAGCACAUAUCGGAACGCGUGCUGUGGGACUUGGGGAAAGACUUCCGGUGUACUGUAGGAAAGCUAUAUCCCUCUUGCCUUGAAGAGUCCCCGUGGAAACCUCCAACGUAUCUCUUCUCACCAGAUGGAGCUGAUGAAUUUGAGCUGGAUGGGGAGAUGGUUACUUUACCACCUGUAUAGCUCCCAAAUGAGACUGCACAACUGAGUCUGUGCUCAGUUAUAAAAUAAUAAAUGAAAUAAAUGGCUGUGAAAGAACAGGUCUGGGGACAGAAAUCUCAGAGCUGUCUUUCAUGAAUUGUAUUUUUAUGCCCUACCUAACACCUGCCGCCAUUCAGUAUGAAUUAGUGAAAUGAGCAGAUAUGCUUCCAUAAUCUCAAAUACUAUUAUCAGAUAAUUGAGAAAAAUAUAUGUAUAUCAUGAGCUUGAGCAUCUGACUUGUCUAAAGAAUUAAUUCUAGUUCUAUAAAGUCUCGGUUCAGGAAAAUUAGCUUAAGAAAAAAAGUAGUUAUUGUUUCUAGGAUGAUGUCACAACUCUUUUGAAAGUAUCUUCCAGUUACAUUUUAACUACUUCUGGAUAUUCUACUUAAGUGCUAGUUAUAUAAUUGUCAGUGUGGCCUAAUUAAAGGACUGUGCUGCACUUACUAAAUACUAAUAUCUAUGUUGGUAUAGUAAUGCCAUUAAAAGAAAAAGAAACAAAUCCCAUGGAUCUACACCUGUGGUAGGAAGGGUAGAUCUUCCAUUGUAUGGUAACAUGCUGGGCAAACUGACUGCAGGUUCAGUCAAGCUGUAUGAUGAGGUGCAUGUAUUCUAUUUUCACUAACUUAUACCUGUCUAUUUAGAAUACAGGUCUUCCAAGCAGCUGGUAGAUUACCAGGUGUGGACUUAAGUUGCUGGGCUUGCAAUAGGAAUUGCCAGCCCUCAUAGUGCGGGUCUAUGUGGGGCUUUAAUCAGUAAAUGCCUCCACAUUCUGUAUUACAGUAACAUUGGCUCAUGUAUAUUACUUCCUGCUGCUGAUGUAUUUUUCCAUUGUAAAACGAAGUUUUAGUGUGGAUUAACCAGGUCUUUAUUUUCUGUUAAUUUAAUAACAAGCAUUACUGUAGUGUGAUUGUGUAUAGAUAUCCCUUAGCUGUCAGGUUUUUUACUUUGGGGGGGGGAAGCAAACUUCAGGAAUAUCCUGUGCUGUGUGUGCAGGAGAGCAGAUGCCUAGUGCUGCUCUGGCAUUAAUCCCAGGAACCACUAGCAGUAGCGGGGUGCCGCCAACCUAACAUGAACACAGGUGCUUCAUGACAAACCUUACUAGCAUGUUCAGCUGCAUCAUGUUCUGGCACUGUAUUUUGAAUGACAUUAAUUUAUUAAAAAAGACUGAAUCCAA